AUGUUUUUAGAAGGACGUCGUGACGAACAGAGCAAGUACCAAGCUCAACAAAUUGAAUCUAAAGAACAAACUGACGGUGAGGCUAAUAAAUUAGAACAAAAACCUAGUAACGGUAAUAUUUCGAACAGUAGUAAUAUUAUUUGCAGACUCAAUUGUGGGCGUGCUUAUCCAUACACAGGAGCAUGUCCAGCGAAAGGGAAAACCUGUAAUAAUUGUGGAAAACCGAAUCAUUUCGCUGCUGUUUGUCGAGGAAAACAAAAACAAACGCGAUCACCGAGAUACUCAAACAAAAAGCAUGCACAAAGAAAUUUAAAAACAUUAGAUACAGGAUCAAACUCGAGUUCUGAUGAAGACUAUUUAUAUACCAUGACAAAUACAAAGCACAAUAACAAGGUCAAUGUUAAAGUAGGCGGUGACAAUUUCAAACAACAAUUGACAGUGGCGCGACAAUAAAUGUGAUCGAUCGUGACACUUUUAACAAAAUGCAAGACAUAAAAUUAACUCGCACGAACACGAAAGCUUUCCCGUAUAAUACGAAAUCACCAGUUGAAUUUUUGGGAAAAUUCGAAGCGGUAAUCGAAACACGAAAACGAAUAUUUUUAUCCACAUUCUAUGUCUCUAAAGCAGCGAACUGUGGAAACUUACUUUCUCUUUCUACUGCACAAGAACUCGGACUUAAUAGUUUGCAUCUAGACAAACUGACAUCAAAGGAUGCCGCACUAGAAAACAUCCUUCAAAAGCAUUCUAAAGUUUUUCCGAUCUUGGAAAAUUGAAGGGAGAAAAAAUCAAACUAGAUAUAGACAAAACUAAAAAAGGCGCAUACCUUAUCACAUUCGAGAAAAAGUGAAAAACGCGAUAACUGAAUUAGAAAAUCAAGAUGUCAUUGAAAAAGUGCCCGAAAAUGAAGCUACUCCUUGGGUUUCACCAGUUGUAGCUGUUCCCCAAAAAGAUGGACAGGUUCGCAUAUGUGUCGAUAUGCGGCUCGCAAAUGAAGCUAUAAGACGAGUACGCCAUCCUAUACCAACAGUAAAUGAUGUGAGUUUUGCCCUGAAUGGAGCAAAAUUUUUCUCGCAACUUGAUUUGAGCCAAGCGUAUCAUCAGUUAGAGCUGGAUGAACAGUCUCGAUAUAUAACGACCUUUAGCACUCAUGUAGGUUUGUAUCGCUACAAAAGAUUAAACUAUGGUACAAACGCUGCAGCGGAGAUAUUUCAGUACACACUCCAAACUGCACUGCAAUGGCUUAAAGGCGUCAAGAACAUAGCUGAUGAUAUCAUUGUAUUCGGCUCAACAAGAACUGAACAUGACGCUAAUCUUGACAAAUGUCUGCAACGACUUGCAAUGAAGGGCUUACGACUAAACCGAAGCAAGUGUAAUUUCCUUAGUACUACAUUGUCAUUUUUCGGACAGGUCUAUUCGAAAGAAGGUACUCAUCCUGAUCCUAGGAGAUUAGCUGAUCUAUUAAAUGCACCUCUGCCAAAUAAUGCACAUGAAGUCAGGAGCUUUCUUGGCAUGGCCAACUAUAGUA